CUCAGCAGCCUAGCGCCUCCUCCCCACCACCCGCGCAAUGUGCGUGCAGCGGCAUGGCCGCCCGGCGGCGACGGCGCAGCAGGCGGCGGCGAACAGCAGCAAGGCGGCCCGGGACACAGCAGCUCUGGAGCGGCUGCGUGCGGCAUGGCUGAAGCUUUGCGAAACGGUGGAGAUCGUCAGCGCCCGCGCUAGCGAGGGCGCCGGUGGCAGGGACGAGGGCGCGGGUGGCUCCAGCACAAGCAGCAACAGCAGCAACAGCAGCAGCAGCAGCAGCAGCAGUAGCAGCAAUAGCACUGGCAGCACUGGCCGUAGUAGCAGCAGCCGCAGCCACGACCGGGUGCUCUUGGGUGAGGCGCUGAUGGCGGUGUUGGAGUCGGCGCCGGAGGCGUUGCGGGUGCUGGGGGGGCAGCAGGAGGUGCUGGGGGGGCAGGAGACAGCGGCGGGCGAAGGCGACAAUGGCGGUGAUGGCGAUGAUGAUGGCGGCGCUCUUACUGCCUGGGAGGUGGGCACGGAGAUCCUGCAGGAGGUGCGCGGGUACCUCGAGGCCCUCCAGCAGGUGCGCGUGCUCAAGGACAGGGCGGACCGGCUGGACCAGAGGUCCGCGUGGCUGGAGCGGCUCGUAAAGCUCAGCGGCGCGCGGACGCGCAUCGCCGAGGCUGCCGGCAUUGGCAGCGGCGGCCGCCGCGCCGCCCACCCCGGCGAUGGCGGCAACGGCGCCUCUGCCGCUGCCGGUGGUGAUGGCGGCGGCGAAGGUGUCAACCCUGUUUAUGUGGACGUGGAAACGCUGUGCAAGCGCUACGAGCGGCCCCUCCUGCUAGACUGGGCGCUGGUCAACAUGCUGCUGAACGGCCGGACAGAGCUGUGCAUGUCGGCGGCCGGCGAGCGCGCCACCGCUGACACCCUCACGCGGCAGGAGUACAGCUAUGUGGAGGGGCGGGACUGGACGGGGGGGGAGGUGCUUGCGGAGGGGGAGGAGAGGGACUGGGACGGCAGCCGCCGCGCCACGCGCCGCGCCGCGUUCGUGCAGGAGCUGCGGUGGGUGACGGGCAUUCGGUUCCGGUCCGAGGAGCGGGCGGACGCGGACGGCUACGAUGUGUGGUGGGUGUGCGAGGAGGAGGACAAGGAGGCGGGGGAGCAGGAGCAGGAGGCGGUGGCCGCCGGCGGUGGCAGCAGCGGCAGUAGCAGCGGCAGCAGCAGCGGCAGAGAGGGAGGUGAUGAGUAGGGAAUGAUAAGCAGCAGGCCUGCUGCUGGCGGCGGCAGCUGUGAGGUGGUGGUGGUGGUGGCUGGUGGUGGUGGCGGCGGCGGCGGCGGCGUGGGGGCAGCAGAGCGCCGCGCUCGCCUGCUAAUCCUGGUGCGCAAGCCCCCACUUGCCGCGCGCAGCUGCUCCUCCACACACAGCACGCGCCGCUGACCAUGCCCAGUUUGAGGGGGGGGCCGCCCACCCGCCCGGCGAGCCAGACUCUGUGUGGGAGGGCAUGUCACGUGCAUUCAUUGGGCCACCCAAUUGUACGAGUGCAUGGCUUGGGACAUCCACCCUGCAGCAGGAGCUAGACGGGACUGCGACCGUCUUGCAAACCUGUAUGUCAUUGUGUGGUGGCCUGGAAGGUGCUGACUGAUGAGAGUGAGACUGAGAGUGAACCGGUGAGGUCUGCUACCAGGCCCCAAGGGUGCGGGCUGUUUGCGCGCGGCGGUUAGCCGGGAGCGGGCGUGUCGGCUUGUGCACUUGCGUCAGUAGGCAGUGUUGCUGCGGCAGCGUUGCGGUAGCCGUACUUUGCUGCCAGUUGAUUCACUGGGUUGAUUGGGGGCGCUUUGGGGCACGCCUGACGAUGGCGUAGUGCGUGCAUGGCGUGGUGUCGGGCAAUACUGGCCAGAUUACCUGUGGUGCGCUACUUGCACCGUGUAAGCUAGGCGCAAGCAUGGAGCAAGGCCGGUCAGGGCGGACGCUCGUUGGUGUGACUUGCCGCUCGCCGGAAUGCGGUUGGUUUAUGGAACAUGUAAUGGUGCUGCGUG